AUGGAACCCACUAUUGCUCAUCUAUAUGACAGUCUACAGACAGUGAUUGACAAACCAACUACUGAUCCAUGUCAUAUACCACUUCCUCCUUCACCCAGUACUUCUUCUGUUCUUCAAGAAGACUGUCCUUGUCAACAUAUUCUCGGUGAAGAUAUCACAACCUGUUUAUUAUGCCAGUCUUCUAUUCCUGCUAUAGAAGAACUCUUGGCUGAAAAAGCAGGUUAUGAAAAAGAAAUAGUUGAACUACAGCAACAACUCGAGACAGAGCAACAGAGAAUUACAGAACAAAUCACUUGUAUUGCUCAACUCAACAAUCGACUUGAACAAGUCGUGUCUGAAUUGGACGACAAGACAGCUCAGUUUAAAGCACUUCAGAGUGAUAUGGAGCUCUUGAAUGAUAAAUAUGUAGAUGAGAUUGAACGAGUAGCAGAAAUACAACAUUCAAAAGACAUGGUAGAAAGUGAACUUGAAGAUUUGUCAAGACGACUGUUUGAAGAAGCCAAUGGGAUGGUGGCACAUGAAAAAAGAGAAAAGCACAAUCUAGAAAUAGCACAAAAGCACCUGGAAAACCAAUUGAAGGAGACAAGAGAUCGACUGGGAGCCGAACAAAUGCAGCUAAAAGAACUCCGUAAGAGAAUGGAGGAUAUGGUGGCUUCUGAUACAGACAUGGAUGUGCCCAAAACACCAGAUCAUAUUAAAGAUCUUACCAGCCUAUUGACCGAGAAAAUGCAUGUCUUGAAUGAUCAACACCAUGCGAUAGACUCGAUGAUGUUGGAUGAAUUUCAAGAGUUUGUCAAGACAGGUACAUCUGUUCCAUUGAAAAAGAUUCAUACGAUACCCUUUAUGAAGAAUUGUCAAGAAGAAGAUGUAGAAGCAUGUUUGAGAUUUGGUCCAAAUAGUCGAUUGUCUGCUCGAAAGAUCAAUGAGGCCAUUGUGCUCAAUACUUGUUUUAUUGAAGAAGCACCUCCUGGAUUUGCUCAAGAACAAGCGAAACGUAUCAUGAGUGAGACGCCACUCAAGAUAUCGGGUGCUAAAUCUAUGAUGUGGGAGAGAUUCAUAAUCGAAGUAUACUUGACUUGUAUCAUGAAGCUAUGCGGUUAA